AAGCAGUGUCACAUGAUCAGUCCUCCUAGCAGAGACUAGAGUGGUUGGUGCGGAAGAGUUGCAGUGUUAUCAUGGACUUUCUGCUGGGAAACGCGUUUGCAACCCCAGUGGGGCAGCGAAUCGAGAAAGCCACUGAUGGAUCUCUUCGUUCGGAAGACUGGGGUCUUAACAUGGAGGUCUGUGAUAUUAUCAAUGAGACAGAAGAGGGGCCAAAAGAUACCAUCCGAGCUUUAAAGAAGAGGAUUGUGGGAAAUAAAAACUUUCGGGAGGUGAUGCUAGCAUUAACGCUCUUGGAGACUUGCGUGAAGAACUGUGGUCAUCGAUUUCAUAUGCUAGUAGCUGGCCAAGAGUUUGUAGAAGGAGUUCUAGUGAAGACAAUUCUUCCCAAAAACAACCCUCCAGCCAUUGUCCACGAUAAAGUCCUUAAUAUAAUACAGGCCUGGGCAGAUGCCUUCCGUAGCUCUCCAGACCUGACUGGAGUGGUCAGUGUAUAUGAAGAUUUAAGGAGGAAAGGGUUGGAAUUUCCAAUGACUGAUUUGGACACUCUGUCUCCUAUACACACACCGCAACCAAGUUUCUCUGCACCAGAACCACCUUCUCGACAGCCAGAACCACCUUCUCCACAGGAUUGUCCUUCCUCUGCAUUUCCUCAGAGGGGCGGGUCAGUACGUUCUGCACCCCCUCCUUACACUGUUCCAGAUAUAGCGCCUGGCAGCUCAGCUAUUACCCCCACACCUGAUCAGCUGGCGAAGCUGCACAGUGAGCUGGAAGUGGUGAAUGGCAACGUGAAGGUGAUGUCGGAGAUGCUGACAGAGCUGGUCCCUCAGAAAGCCAAACAGUCGGAUGUGGAGCUGCUACAGGAAUUGAAUCAGACCUGUCGAGUAAUGCAGCAGCGAGUUUUGGAGCUAAUCCCCCGUGUAACCCAUGAACAGCUGACUGAGGAGCUUCUUAUUGUGAAUGAUAACCUCAAUAAUGUCUUCAUUCGCCAUGAAAGGUUCGAGAGGAUGGUCUCUGGUCAGCAAGGCCCAGUAGCGGAGGCGCAGGUUACAGGAAACCAGGAUCUCACGCCAUCUCUUAUUGACCUUCAGGAGACACCCUCUAAUUCAGCCCCAACCCUCUGCACAGUUAGAAGGAAUCAACUUGUCUUCCGGGUCUGUGAGUGGAACCCUGCAGUCCUUGGGUGGAACCAAGAAACCGGAUGAUGACUUUGAUAUGUUUGCAGUGACCAGGGGAAGCUCUUUAGCAGACCAGCGCAAAAGUGUAAAGUAUGAGGAACCACAGGCUAGAGAUGGUCUGGCAGGGGCUUUGGAUACCAGACAGCAGAACACUGGAGCUAUUCCAGCUGCCCAAAACAACUUCAUGGAUGACAUUGAGAAGUGGCUGUCGACAGAUGCGGGUGAAGAGAUAGAGGUGGAGGAUGGCGUGACCAGUGAAGAUUUCAAUAAGUUUCUUGAGGAGCGAGCAAAGGCAGCAGAUCACAUUCCAUCACUGUCGUCACCAGGAACAGAGCCCCCCAGGGCAGCGCCAAGCACAAAGAGAGACAAAAAGGAAGAGGAAGAUGCUCUUUUUGCCUUGUGAGUUCCCCCCAUGUUGGGUGGAUGUGUUGCUCUGAAUAGAAAGAGAUUAUAAACAUCUCCACAAUUGGCAGUGAUGUUCUCGCUGUUUCAUGCUGGAGUUUGUUUUAGAAAAUGAAGACAAACUUUAUUGGGGUACGAAUGUGUUCUGCAAUCUGGAUGCCUCCUCACUUUAUCCCUGGAACUGUGGGAACCUCCUUUUGCUUUUCACAAGUGUCUCUUUGGUACUGGAACCAAUUUAUUUUGCCAGAAUAUUCCUGCUGGUCUUUUAUAUUCCUGAUUAUCAACUGCUCCUCUGUUAUGAUCCCAAAUGAUCUUUUAUGAGAACUCCGGUGAGGACUCUGGAGGCAUACCUUACUACUACAUCCCCACGCUUAUCUGAAUAUGCCACUGUCAACAUCACAUCACUUGUGUCUGUUCCCACAUGGUUAUGUAAAAUGUUUAUCCAGACUAUUCAGUAUUACAAAACAAUAAGCAGUUUGAUUUGCAUUAAUUCUCGUUUUAGCAUAAUGUCUGACCUGUAAUUGUUGUUGAGAUUGUUAGGGAGUGAUGGUAGUCCAGCAACAGCUCCGGGGUCACAAGUUGGCAUUCACCAUUUUUUUUUUUUUAAUUAUGAAGGAUAACCAUAGAGAAUUGUGGAUUUUGAAUACGGUCCGAAGUGCCUUAAUGGUUAGGUUUCUGCAAAUGCUCAAUGCAAACUUAUUGUAGGAAAUAAGGCCCAUGCCUAUGGUAUUUAGUCAGUUUUAACAGAUUAGUAACCUUUAGCCUAUGAUUUAAAUGAAUGUUCCAAGUUCUAAGUUCUGUAUAACUAUAUAUAUAUAUAUAUAUAUAUAUAUAUAUAUAUAUAUAUAUAUAUAUAUAUAUAUAUAUAUAUAUAUAUAUAUAUAUAUAUAUAUAUAUAUAUAUAUAUAUAUAUAUAUAUAUAUAUAUAUAAAUAUUAUUCUGCCCUAGCACAGGGCACUUAAAAUGCACCAGCUCUAGUUUGAAAAUGACAGCUCUAUCUUAUUUAAAGGGAUACUUUUGUGCAUAAUGUGCUUGGGUGGGAAUCUUGGUGUUAACCUGUUUGGCAAAACACAGCAGUUUUUUACUUUGCCAAGCACCUAUCAGGAUUAAAAAAAUGUGUUUCUCAAACAACAUGGCAGGAGCAGUUCCCUAAGCAUGCUUAGUUGAGGAAACGUAACAAAUUAACUUUUAGGGUUAUGGCACACUGCAAAAAUUGGGGCUUUUUGCUGCACAUGUAGGUUUUAUCUCAGUGGAUGGGCAGCAAAAUGAUCAGAUUUGCUUCUUCAUUGACUUA